AUGGCUUACAGCUUUCACCUGGCUCCUCUCAUGAGCGCGUCCUUCUUUUGCGGUGUCAAAUACCUUGUGCCUAAGGGAAUCGGGUGUUCUCACUUGUCACAUAUCGACUCUACUUCCAUCCGCUGGCUAGGUUUCCCGGGCCUUGGCUGGGGGCUUUCACCGAUUGGUACGCAGCAUUCUAUGCAUGGCGAGGUGACCUACACACAAAGGACUAUGAAUGGCAUGAGAAAUAUGGUAAGUGAUGUGAGUCUUUGCAUUGUGGAACCCAGAGUAACCUGGUCGCACUUUGAAUUAGGCGAGAUCGUACGCUUCGGGCCCAAUUCCCUAUCCUUCAAUACCUCAAAGGCUGUGAGCGAUAUCUACGCAGUCAGAGCCAAUGUUCAGAAGUCGGAUGGUUACGCAUCAAUGAGCCCGAGUCGAUAUACCCCAAAUACCCUCACUGCGAUUCCUAAGAACAUCCACACCUUUAGGCGUCGCAUAUUGACGCAAGCAUUUUCGGACCAGAAUAUUAAGGAGAUGGAGGAUCGUAUCCAAGGAAAUAUUUCCAGCUUUCUCGACAUCCUUACUACAGAUAGCGAACCUGAAUCAGGGUGGAGUUCUCCCAAGAAUAUGUCGCAGAUGUGCGACUGGCUAGCCUUCGACGUAAUCACUGAUUUAAGUUACGGCAACGAUCUUGACAUGUUGAAUUCACCUCAAAUGCGUUGGUUCCCAUCUGUAGUUCGGAAAAUAUCCCAGCGAAGUCUAAUAGGCCUUUUCCAACCUUGUUUUAUAAAAUUGAGGCUUGACUUAGUUCUACUAACCCAAAAGUACAGAGAAAUACUAGCUGCGGCAAGGUGGACCCGCUCUCAGGCGGCUGCACGAAUGCAGAUUGGAAACUAUGAUGAGCAGAAAGACAUCUUUAAUGCAAUGAUGAAUGCAAGAGAUAAAAAGACUGGAUUACAGUUCACUCGAAAAGAUCUAGGCCUUGAGUCAAUGCUCUUGCUCGUUGCAGGUUCUGAUACAACAGCUACUGCUAUUUCUGCCACCUUGAACUACAUCCUUCAUGAUGCGAAUAUCCUGGCGCACUUGAUACGUGUCAUCCGAAUGGCGUUCCCGACAGAAUCAUCAAUAACAACAUCUUCUGUGCUUUCGUCUCCGGAUUGCUCUGUCCUCCACGCCUGUAUCAAUGAAGCGAUGCGGCUUACUCCCCCUGCACCUAAUCUUCUACCCCGAACUGUUCUCUCCGGUGGCAUGGAAGUCGAUGGCAUAUAUGUACCGGCAGGGACAACCGUCGGUGUAUCUGCCUAUACCAUACAUCGCAACAAAACAUAUUUCUACAAUCCCGAUAGAUUUGAGCCAGCAAGGUGGCUUGAUGGUAAUGCAGCCGGCCAGCAGAAGAUGCAAAUGGCAUUUGUUCCAUUCAGUGUUGGGCCGAGAAAGUGUGUGGCAUGGAGACUUGCCUGGGCAGAACUGAAUUUAACAAUAGCAAGGGUGUUAUGGAGAGAUAAAACGAUGAUGUCAUGUUCUACGGUGGUUAGGAUCGCUACUGCAGCACAGUGGAAGGCAGCCAUGGCAUAA